AUGGCAGAUUGGACGAAAAGAGACGAAGGUCCGUCAGAUCUAGGCUUGUCGAAUGGAGGUCUAUCGAAUAUCAACUCGCCGGACCCGGACUGGACGGGUGCGGAUGCGCCAAGUACAAGCCAGACAGAUGCUACUUUACUAUUGAGAAGACCCGUGAUCGAUCUCUCUCCAGGAAGCAGCUCAGAAAUAGUUACACCCACGAUAGCCCUCUCACUAGGCAGCGCGGCGAGCAUGGAAAUAUUUACCGCAGUGGAUGUUGCCGAAGUGAUCGCUCUGGAGCAAAGAAUCAGACUUCUUGCAGGCAGCCUUACAAGCGAUAACGUUAUCCAAUCUGCUACGCCUACCGAGCUAGUCAUGACAGUUGGACCCCCUCCGACGUAUGAUUUCGUACCAGAGGCGCCACGCGACGACAUUCCCCACUGGAAAGCGCUUAACAUUAUCUAUUCCGACAAUGGACCGGAGGAGAGCCACUGUGCCGUACAUCACGGACCCGAGAACGAAAACGGGGCUGGAGUGGACGGUGAAAAGGAGCCGCCUGUUGACGUUGAUAAGGAGGAGGAGGUGGAGGAGGUGGAUAUUGAUGGCCAUCAAUUCGGCAUACAGCCCACUGCAGGCAUCGAGCGCCGAGUCACCAAGCCAGGGACCGCAAGAAGCUUUACCAUCGUACGUCUCGUUGGAGGCACCGACAAGCGAGGCAGGACCCUAGAGGGCGAAUCGCUCAUCACACUGCGAGCUCCGUGGUUCUCGGUCGACAUCGGCGACUUCUUGCUAGAUCUCAGCCGGCAAAGGAGCAAUGUGGCGCAUGUGCGAAACUACUGGGGCCAAGAGCGGUACAUCCCUCGACGCAUGCUGCAGAAUGUCUACCAGCCGUGGAAUAUGCCUGCGCGGACGAGGAUCACGGACGACGGGGUUCCGAUACCGCUGGGCUUUUUGCGGCAAAGUUCACGAGCCAAGGAUGUUGUAAGCACAGUGCCGUUUGAGGAGGGAGAAGCUGUGAUGAUUAUGAGUGAGGACGGGGAGGAUGCCGAUUCCAAGCAGGUUGUCAGGGUUUUGGACUACGAGAGACGUGCCGGAGAACUUGAUGUUUCUCUUGUUGAUAGAGCUAUUAAUAUCCCUUGGGGAAUUCUGGUGGACGAGGAAGAUUUGAUGGCUGCCCGGUUGGGGUUGGAGGAAGAAGAGGGGGGAGAGGCAUCGGUCAAGACGCCAAAGAUCAGAGCGAGAAAGAGGAAGAAGAAUCAGGACUGCGACAUGCAUGAUACUGGGGAUCGAGACGGAGAGGAUGGUGGAGUAGAAACGCCGAUUAAAAAGCCGCGGAGGAAGAAAGCUGCCAAGGCCAAAUAG